AUGCAAACGCAUCGUUUGGUGGUUGGACUUGCGUUCGUCGCAUUUGGUGCCUAUGGUGCUACUCAAGAUGAAGUGAUAAGUGUUUCUUUGAAUAGCAGAAAGGUGAUCGGAAGAAUCAAUGAAAAGUUUGUCAGUUUUUCGGCAAACCCGCGCGAUUUUAUGGACGCUUCAGGCGACUCUUACAGUGACGCGAGUCUUCUGAUGGCUCGAAAAUUGAGUCCGAUGUUUUUGAAAGUGUUGGGGGACUCGACCAGCAAUCAACAGUUGCAAACAGAUGAUAUCGAUGGAAAUUGGCAAGAAGAUUCGGAGCUUAUUCAGUUAAGCUCAAAGGGGUGGAAUGCCCUGAACGAGUUGAUGGUGCAAACCGGAGUGCCCAUAUUUGUCUUAGACUACAAACCAGAUAGCUGGACCCCGAAAAAUGCACUUAGAAUGCUAAGCGUAGCCAAAAAGUUGGGAGUAAACCGUUCGCUAUGGCAGCUAGGAGAUGGAAAUGUUUUGAAUAAAACGCAAUACAUCGACGAUUUACGAGUUUUCCGAACGAUGGUUAAGGCCUUCGAUUUCAUGGGUGUUGUCGCAAAUGAAGUCGGUUCAUCUUCUGCUGGAUUUGACACUAGGGAAUAUUUCAACAUCCGGAUAAAUGAUGUAGCAGAUGCCGUUGCAGUGAACUUUGAACCAACGAGUAUCGAUGAUAGUCUGGAGACGUUUAUACAACAUCGUGGUGACAGUUUCAAUAGUCUAAUACAAUCGCAGCUUCCUUUAUGGUUAGACCUCAAGAUUCCAUCAUCAAUAGAAAACAACUUUUGCGAUGACGCUUGCCUACAAAACGGUCUUCACUACGCCACCAUUUUAGGUGAUGCAGCGCGAAGUGGUUUCGAUGCCGUCUUUAAAUCACUUUCUCGAACUGAAAUACAAACUCCGACUUUCAGUUUCUUGAUCGCCCUGCUUCAUCGAAAUUCUGUCGGUACUAAAGUAUUCGAUAUAUCGUCCCACACGGGUAAGCCGUCAGUUUAUGGAUAUUGUAGUCGAGGCAUCAACGGAUCGCUCACUAUUAUGGCCGUAAACAAUCAACCGGAAGAGCGUCAUUAUUCUGUAAAGCACAACAUAAAAAAAUAUUCUACAGAAGUUCAACAUUUUGUUGCAACCGUUUCAGACGGGAUAAUUCUGUUAAAUGGUGCAUCAUAUGAUCCAACUACACUCCUUAAGCCUGUAGUUAAAAUUGAACCACUCCUCAAAGAACUUCACCUUAGUUUACCUGGCUCUUCGGUUGGAUUUUGGAUUGUACCUGAUUUGAAUCUACAUGAAUGUAGCCAUGAUGAUGAAGAGUCGCGAGCAAAAUUUCCACGUGAUGUAUCUAGAGAGCUAGCUCCGAUAACACAGUUAUUGCGGGAGUUGAUAAAUGAGCGUGAUCAACUAGAUCUCACUCAACAAAGUCGCCGCAAGCGAUCUCUGGGAGAAGAAGAUGCGUUAGAAAAAGAGCUGGAGAGAAAACUAACGAAACACAGUUCUAGAAAGGUAGCAGGUCGAAGUCCACGACAAACCCGAAAUUUCCGUCGCAAACAGCGAACUAUUCGAAAGAAGGAAAAACGCGCCGACAGAAGAGACUUGAAGAAGCAAAAACGGCCGCUCAUGGAGCGAAUCGUUCGGAACCGCGUUCGUCGAUUGAAUCCUUUCUCUUCCAGUAAUACGGGGAGCAAAAAAACCAAACGAUCUUUCCUAGCAGAAGCAGUUCAUCACCCGCCACACUUCUCAAACAACAGCGAAGAAGAAGCGGACCGGUCCGGUUUUCCACAAGGCGAUGUCCACCUAGUAAUUUCAAAAGAUGCCGGUGAAGCGGAACAUCUUUCUAUCGAUAGAUCUCCCAUAAGAGAAACGCGACCGAAGAAAUCUCGUAAAAGUAAAUACAAAGAAUCUCGAAGCGAAUCGGAGAGAGCACUUAAAUUUUUCAUCCCAGAGAUGGCUCUGAUGGGUGGGGGUGAAGCACGGCCAAAAGAAGACUCUACGGAGAUGGACAUGGCUAGCUCAUUCAAUAUGGAUCGCUUCAUUAGAUCGAAAAUUCCCAUGGGUCAACACAUGAAACCUCCAAAAGUGAUGGACGUGGAUCGUGAUUUCGUCGAGGUACGAGACAUUAAAGUUAUGGAACCAGGAGUAGCUCCAAUUCAUCAAAGUAAGGAGUCUACAGAAAAGGACACCGAAACUGACUCAAUCGAUCCAGAGGGUAACUACAAAGAGGAACCGGAGGAAGAUGACGUAACAAUAACGACAACCACAGUUUCACCUGCCAUAGAAGCAAUCAGCGAAAGUGAGGAAGAAUCGAACGAGUCGGAAAUGGAUGUUUUCACCGAAUCGCCGGAAUCACUUCCAGACGUGUCUUACGAGGAUACCCAGGAAACAUCAAACAAUCGCAAAAAGCGUUCGAUAACCUCCGAUGAAAUCACUCGUAUUGAGGCAUUCUUCGUGAACAACACCGACUUGCAGCAAAAGUUUACCGAACUGUUCGAAUUGAUGUUGCAGUCUUUCGACUGCUGUGGUGAUUCCACCGAGAACUCCGCAAGAGAAGAUUUGGAAGAUACACCAAGGCUCCGUCGAAAACGAAAUGCCUUGCUUCAUCCUAAAUCCUGGGAAAGCCGAGAGCGAUCGAACAUGAUCCAUCAGCAAAGAUCCCUCAGUGAUUCCCACGACGAUGCGCUGUCAACUGAACUUUUCAAAAAAGGAAUGAAAGUGUCGAAUGCCAAGCCCAGCAUCAACGGUCCAACGAUGCAGCCAACGGCCACCCGGGAGGUAACGAUGUUGAGGUCCGUGACUAAAUUCGUCCAGGGAAUGUCCAGCGACUUCCACAGGCUAUUCUCAAGUUUGUUCACGAAAAUAUCGACAGAGUAG